AUGGAGUUUGUGCGGGCGCUGUGGCUCUGCCUGGCGCUGGCGCUGGGGCCGGGCCCGGCCGGGGGCCACCCGCAGCCGUGCGGCGUCCUGGCGCGCCUGGGGGGCUCGGUGCGCCUGGGCGUCCUCCUGCCCCGCGCGCCCGCCGCCCGCGCCCGCGUUCGCGCUGCCCUGGCCCGGGCCGCCCUGGCGCCGCGGCUGCCGCACAACCUGAGCCUGGAGCUGGUGGCCGUCGCGCCCCCUGCCCGCGACCCCGCCUCGCUGGCCCGCGGCCUGUGCCAGGCGCUGGAGGCCCCGGGCGUGGCGGCCGUGCUGGCCUUCCCGGAGGCGCGGCCCGAGCUGCUGCAGCUGCACUUCCUGGCGGCCGCCACCGAGACCCCCGUGCUCAGCGUGCUGCGGCGGGAGGCGCGCGCGCCCCUCGGAGCCCCGAACCCAUUCCACCUGCAGCUGGACUGGGCCAGCCCCCUGGAGAUGCUGCUUGAUGCACUGGUGGCCGCGAUGCGGGCACACGCCUGGGAGGACGUCAGCCUGGUGCUCUGCCGUGUGCGGGACCCUGCUGGCCUGGUGGCCCUCUGGACAGCCCGGGCCGGCAGGGCCCCAAAGCUGGUGCUGGACCUGAGUCGGCCAGACACGGGCGACGCGGGGCUGCGGGCGCGCCUGGCCCCCCUGGGGGCCCCCCCGGGGGGCUCGGCCCCAGCCCCGGGGGCCGUACUCCUGGGCUGUGGCCCAGCCCGCGCACGGCAGGUGCUGCAGGCCGUGCCCCCCGGGCCCCGCUGGCUGCUGGGCACGCCCCUGUCCGCUGACGCGCUGCCCACGGAGGGCCUGCCCCUGGGGCUGCUGGCCCUGGGCGAGGUGGGCCGACCCCCGCUGGAGGCCGCCCUUCAGGACGCUGUGGAGCUGGUGGUGCGAGCCCUGGGCAGCGCCGCCCGGGCGGAGCCGGAGCGCGCCCUCCUGCUCACCACGGUCAGCUGCAACGACCCGCCGCCAGCUGGGCCGGAGUCCUCAGGCCGCUUCUUGGCACGGUUCCUGGCCAACACGUCCUUCCGGGGCCGCACCGGGCCCGUGUGGGUGACCAGCUCCUCCCAGGUGCACAUCUCCCGGUACUUGCGAGUGUGGAGCUUGCGCCAGGACCCGCGGGGUGCCCCGGCCUGGGCCACCGUGGGCAGCUGGCGGGCCGGACGGCUGGAGUCAGAGCGGGGAGGUGCGGCCGCACGGCCCCCGCCCUCCCCGGGAGCCCGAGCCCGGCCCAGGCUGCGCGUGGUGACGCUGGUGGAGCAUCCGUUCGUGUUUGCCCGGGAGCCGGAUGAGGACGGACAGUGCUCCGCGGGGCAGCUGUGCCUGGCCCCCGGCACCAAUGACUCGGCCACCCUGGACGCGCUGUUCGCCGCACUGGCCAAUGGCUCGGCACCACGCGCCCUCCGCAAGUGCUGCUACGGCUACUGCAUCGACCUGCUGGAGCGCCUGGCGGAGGACACGCCCUUCGACUUCGAGCUGUAUAUCGUGGGCGACGGCAAGUAUGGUGCCCUGCGGGACGGCCGCUGGACCGGCCUGGUGGGUGACCUGCUGGCCGGCAGGGCCCACAUGGCCGUCACCAGCUUCAGCAUCAACUCGGCCCGCUCCCAGGUGGUGGACUUCAGCAGCCCCUUCUUCUCCACCAGCCUGGGCAUCAUGGUGCGGGCCCGGGACAGGGCCUCGCCCAUCGGCGCCUUCACGUGGCCGCUGCACUGGACCAUGUGGCUGGGCGUCUUUGCUGCCCUGCACCUCACCGCGCUCUUCCUCACGCUCUACGAGUGGCGCAGCCCCUACGGCCUCACGCCCCAUGGCCGGAACCGGGCCACCGUGUUCUCCUACUCUUCGGCCCUCAACCUCUGCUACGCCAUCCUCUUCGGACGCACCGUCUCCAGCAAGACGCCCAAGUGCCCCACGGGGCGCCUCCUCAUGAACCUGUGGGCCAUCUUCUGCCUGCUCGUGCUGUCCAGUUACACCGCCAACCUGGCUGCCGUCAUGGUCGGGGACAAGACUUUCCUGGAGCUGUCGGGGAUCCGUGACCCCAAGCUGCACCACCCGUCCCAGGGCUUCCGCGUCGGCACCGUGUGGGAGAGCAGCGCCGAGGCCUACAUCAAGAAGAGCUUCCCCGGGAGCUUCCCCGACAUGUACGCGCACAUGCGGCGCCACAGCGCGCCCACCACGCCACACGGCGUCGCCAUGCUCACGAGCGACCCCCCCAAGCUCAACGCCUUCAUCAUGGAUAAGUCGCUCCUAGACUACGAGGUCUCCACCGACGCCGACUGUAAACUGCUGACCGUGGGCAAGCCUUUCGCCAUGGAGGGCUACGGCAUCGGACUCCCUCAGAACUCGCCACUCACCUCCAACCUGUCCGAGUUCAUCAGCCGCUACAAGUCCUCCGGUUUCAUCGACUUGCUGCACGACAAGUGGUACAAGAUGGUGCCUUGUGGGAAGCGCGUCCUCGCUGUUACAGAGACGCUGCAGGUGGGCGUCUACCACUUCUCGGGCCUCUUCGUGCUGCUCUGCCUGGGGCUCGGCAGCGCUCUGCUCAGCUCCCUGGGCGAGCACGGCUUCUACCGCCUGGUGCUCCCGCGCAUCCGCAGGGGCAGCAAGCUGCAGUACUGGCUGCACACGAGCCAGAGAAUCCACCGCGCCCUCAACCCAGAGCCGCCAGGGCAGGAGGAGCCAGAGCCGAGGGCUCCUGAGCCGCAGCAGGACACACGGGCAGCCUCUGCGGGCGCGGCGACCCGGACACGGGUGCGCCGGGCCACGGCGAGGGAGCGCCGCGUGCGGUUCCUAGCGGAGCCCCCAGAGGCGGCCGCAGCGCCUGACGCGGAGGCGGCGGGGCCGCCAGAGCGCCCGCUCUGGCUCUGUCCCAGGGGCCGCCUGCCGGCCGUGCUGCCCUCCUCCGAGCUGGAGCAGCUGGAGCAGCUGGAGCAGCUGGAGCGACGCAUCCGGAGUGCGCAGGAGCGGCUGCGCCAGGCCCUGGUGCGGCGAGGAGAGCUCCUGGCCCGGCUGGGGCACUGCCCCUGCUCCGAAGCACCUGCCGUCACCCGGUGA